AUGUACAUUGAGACCUCGGAAAAUGCAGGGGAGAGAGUGGACUGGUCUCCUUUUUCUGCUGACACCCUAAACAACCCGACGCGCCACGCACUGAACACCAACCGCGAAGAGACGUACUGGCUGUCGCUGGACAAGUCCAAUGGCGAGUUGCGCUACGGCAAGUUCUUUGCCAACGCCACCACCGUCUUGAGGAAAAUUCAGGGUAUUGACGCAGAGAAUGGCGGGACUACAUUCCCAGAGUAUUGCAAAUGGCUCAAAGACGCCAAAGAAGUCAAGGUUGCUCUGGCGGGUGGAAAGGCCGCUGACGUCUCCAUCCUCCGCCUGCCAGUCACGUACCGACUCUCGCCGUUUGUCGUCCCCCAGGACCGCAUCACGCUUUUGCAGUUGGAGAACGGCCUCGUCACCGUCCCGGCCAAUCUCCCCGACGCCUGCAAGGCGCUCUACCCAAAUGUGGCGGGAGAGAACAUUACCCUCAUUGACAGCAACUUUCCCGAGUUUACCAGUGCGAUUGAAAUGAGCUGCAAGAAUGGCUGGUGCUACGACGAGCUACAGAAGAAGAAAGAUGCUCUGAAGGCAAAGAGGGAAGCGCGAUGGAAACAUGAAGACAAAAACCGGGUAUUGAAUGAGGACGAGAAGAAGAAGAUCGCGGAAGAAGAAGACAAGACGACAUGUAUCCGUGUGACGCUGGGAUAUCAUCAUGGUGACUCGCCGGGUAUUCCCUAUGUCCUGGAGAUCUGGCCGAGUGGCCACAAGUCCUUUAUCUACAAACAUGGUGACGGCAGCGCCGUUAUGAAGGUCCUGCAUGGCAAAAUUCAGGCUACCUUUUACGACUCCAUCGACAAAGGCCGACUUCAGCUUGGAACCGCCGAAUUCAGGGAGGGCGAUGUGACGUGGCUCGAUCAGCACAACUACCAGAUCCACCAGCUGCACAAUCUGACCGAGUAUCUUGGGGUCUGUUGUACCAUUCAGUGCUAUCAAUUCGAGAAGAAAGACAAGUACCACAUGGGCAACUUCCAGUACACAGACAUGAACGGCGAAUGCCACGAAUUCACUCCUUCUAGUGACAUUACUUUCUACGACUUCUGGCGCCAGAUGAAGAAGGAGUGGCUGGAGAGCGAGGGGCGCAACGAGUCUGAAAUUGAAGCCCAGCUUAGGGAGAAGCUCGAUGAGUUCAAAGGGCUAGCGUGCACGAUAAUGGGGCCACGAGAGUAA